AUGCAUGUAUGGAUACGGCCUGCCAUUUCCUUGUUACUUUUAAGCUAUUAAUGAUUUUAGUCUUAUUUCCUUAUCUAAUGCAGGGAAAAAUGAGUUGUCUGAUGAUUAAUGACAUUGAUGCUGGCCUUGGUAGAUUUGGAAAUACUCAAAUGACUGUGAACAAUCAAAUUGUAGUUGGGACACUGAUGAAUUUGUCAGAUAAUCCUACAAGAGUUAGUAUUGGACAAGACUGGCGAGAAACUGAUAUUACAAAUAGAAUUCCUAUUAUUGUAACUGGAAAUGAUUUUUCAACUAUUUAUGCUCCACUGAUUCGUGAUGGGAGGAUGGACAAGUUCUAUUGGCAGCCUACUCGUGACGAAAUUGUGAAUAUUGUUCACAGAAUGUAUGAAAAAGAUGGCAUAUCCAGGAAGGAGGUUGCAAGCCUUGUGGAUGCGUUCCCUAAUCAAGCUUUGGAUUUCUAUGGAGCUCUUAGGUCCCGAACAUACGAUCGAUCAAUUUCUAAGUGGGUAGAUGACAUUGGAGGAGCUGAAAAUCUUGGCAGCAAACUUCUUAGAUGGGGGAAGGACGAGAAACUUCCUGUAUUUACCCCUCCAGAGAAUUCUCCUUCCCUUGAACCCCCAAAAACCCUAAAAAUGGCGACUCAAGGUCCGGUUGAGUCUGUACAGUGCUUCGGCCGGAAGAAAACAGCGGUGGCGGUCACUCACUGCAAGCGUGGCCGCGGACUGAUCAAGAUUAACGGCUGCCCAAUCGAGCUGGUGGAGCCAGAGAUCCUGCGUUUUAAGGCAUACGAGCCAAUCCUUCUCCUUGGACGUCACCGUUUCGCCGGUGUCGACAUGCGGAUCCGAGUCAAGGGUGGUGGGCACACCUCCCAGAUCUAUGCGAUCCGACAGAGCAUCGCCAAGGCCUUAGUGGCUUUCUACCAGAAGUUCGUUGAUGAGCAGCAAAAGAAGGAGAUUAAGGACAUUCUGGUGAGUUACGAUAGGACCCUUCUCGUUGCUGACCCCAGGAGGUGCGAGCCCAAGAAGUUCGGUGGUCGCGGUGCUCGUGCCAGAUUCCAGAAGAGUUACCGUUGAGGUUUCUGGUUUUUCUAUUCUGUGGUUUUUUGUUUUGUUUACAGCUUUUAGAUAUGAGAUAUCUAGUUUUGAAGCUUGGACGUUGAUGGGUUUUGAAGAUUUUGAUUAUUGGUACGCUGCUGUUAUGUCAUUAGUUUGUUCUCUUCUCUGGUUCUGUUAUGUCGAGAUAAUAUAGUUUAAAUUUGAAAUUCUAAUAUAGUUGGAUCAUAGUGCAUGCUACAGAUGGGGCGUCUCUCAGUUACACUUUAUGUUUGCUUGGUUAUGGAAUUAGCACUUUUUUCUGCAA